CACAUAUAUUUCAUUCAUUCACUUCACUCCCUUCCUCCUCUUGACUUUUCCACUACUCUCUUCUCUUCUCUUCUCUUCUCUUUCGUUUUCGAUAUAUAGACAGAGAGAAUACAUGGAAUUGCGACUACGACAAGCUCACCUCAUUACCACCUCCAACUCCAGAUCCACUCAAUUCCUCUCCCUCAACGCCAAUGACCUCAAUUCAACAGAUAUGGUAGUGUGAACGUAUAUCUGGUGCAUUCAUGGGAGAAGCAAUUUCAUCAGGUAGAAGAGUCGCAUUGUUGUAUUGAAGCUCAUAGAGUUUCUGAUGCUCUUGUCGCAAACAAUGUUUUUCUCACAGUUUCCAAAUUAUACUUAUCUAUUCAGCCGUUAAUUAUUCUACUUUCAAAAUUUUCUUGGGUUUCUUCUUCUAUUUAUCUGGGCUUAGAUAUUGAAGAAUGAGAUAUACCAAGGAAGAGCAACCUAGUAGUGCUACACAAGUAAUUGACUUAAUUUCAGCAGUGAAUGAAUUACACGGAUUAAGUUCUCAGGAGCUUAAUAAAUUAUUGAGGGACUCUGAAAAUUUUAUUAUUCACCAUGUUACUGAAGCAGGAUUAGAUGUGAAGAUCGAAAUGGAAAAACUAGUGGGGUUUCUUCCUUUGCACCUUAUUGCUGUGCUAAUGUCAUCAAGCAGGGAAGAAGCCGUGUUCAGAUACUUGCUAAGUGGCCUCCGGCUCUUGCACUCUUUGUGUGAGUUAGCUCCUCGGCAUGCUAAGCUUGAACAGAUUUUGCUAGAUGAUGUAAAAUUGUCAGAGCAGCUUCUUGAUAUGGUGUUCUAUUUGCUAAUUGUUUCUGGCAGAGUUGAACAGAAAAACCAUGAUUUUGGUACACUGCCCCUUAUGCAUUCUGCUUUGGUGGCGUGCAGUCUACAUCUGCUAACAGGAUUUAUAUCUUCACAGUGGCAAGAUCUCGUACAUGUAUUGCUUGCACAUCCAAAGGUUGACAUAUUUAUGGAUGCAGCUUUUGGAGCAGUUUGUGCAGCCAUUAAGUUUCUUGAGAGCAAGCUAUCAUCUCAGAAUACUCUUUCUUGUACGACCUCAAGCUUGACUUCCGAACAAGUAGUGAAUUAUCUUUGCCAACAAUGCGAGGCCUCAUUACAGUUUCUUCAGUCUUUGUGCCAGCAAAAGCUAUUUAGAGAGCGACUUCUCAGAAAUAAGGAGUUGUGUGGAAAGGGUGGUGUUUUGUUUGUGGCUCAAGCAAUCUUGAAGUUAAAUGCUACACAUUUUAUAGAGUUUCCCAGAGUUGUUGCCGCUGUAUCUAGGCUGAAAGCUAGAAUGCUAUCAAUUUUGGUGACUCUGUGUGAAGCUGAAAGCAUUUCCUACCUGGAUGAAGUUGCCAGCACACCAGGUAGCUUGGAUUUGGCGAAAUCUGUCGCUUCAGAGGUUCUGGAGCUAUUGAAGGCAGCUCUGGGUAGAGAACCCAGACAUCUUUCUACAUGUGCCGACAGAAAUUACCCGAUGGGAUUUUUGCAACUCAACGCAAUGCGCCUAGCUGAUGUCUUCUCUGAUGACUCAAAUUUUCGAUCUUAUAUCAGAAUAUACUUUACUAAAGUGCUGACUGCAAUAUUUUCGCUUCCUCAUGGGGAUUUUCUAUCCAGUUGGUGUUCUUCAGAACUCCCACUAAAGGAAGAUGACGGUUCUAUUGAAUAUGAUUCAUUUGCAUCUGCUGGAUGGGUUUUAGAUGUACUUUCAUCCACUGACCUACAAAAUCCAACAAGUUUAGAAUUAACCAUAGUAUCAAAUAGUAUGCCUCAGGCUUCUUAUGCUCAUCAGAGAACGUCAUUAUUUGUCAAAGUAAUUGCAAAUCUCCAUUGUUUUGUUCCCAACAUUUGUGAAGAACAGGAGAGGAACCUUUUUCUUAAUAAAUUCAUGGAGUGCUUGCAAAUUGAUCCAUCUAAUGCAUUGUCGGGUUUUUCCUAUACUUCUGACAUUCCUAAAGCUGCUUCUGUGUGCAGGAAUUUGCGUUCUUUGUUAAGUCAUGCAGAAUCAUUGACUCCUAACUUUUUGAACGAUGAGGAUGUACAGCUCUUGAGGGUGUUUUAUAACCAACUGCAAUCAUCAGUUAUUUCUCCUGAAAACGAAGAAAAUCAAGUUCAAGAAAGGAAAUGUGAGGAGUCAAUGUCUUGGGAUAAAUUUGCAAAACUUAAUCUAAGUGAGCACAAUCAGGAGGCUCAGAGUGCAGGGGUAUGCUCUCCACCUUUAUUGAGGAAAGAGCCUCCAAUACUUAGCAGAAGUGGUAACUUAAAGGAGGAAAUGUCAGAGAAUUCUGCUUACCAAGAUGGCGAACAUAAAUACAGCGAACAUAUACAAGAGGGUGACACAGUAAGGGAAGACAAAGGUAAAUCUAGCAUGAGUGCAUUUGGAGGCAUAACGGAAAUUGAUAAAGAUGCCCAGAAUGUUGAAACAAGUGGUUCAGAUACUAGCUCCACUAGAGGAAAAAAUGUUGUGGAUAAAAUGGAUAAUAACGAACCAAAAGUUGGUGUUCUUAUUAAAGAAAGUGGGCAUGGAAGAAAUGUAGAGGAGAAAAAGAUUGGAACUGUUCAUCGUGAAGAAAAGCAGCGGAGAAAACGGAAGCGAACUAUAAUGAAUGAUAAACAGGUGGAAAUGAUCGAAAAUGCUCUUGAAGAUGCUCCUGAUAUGCACCGAAUGGCAUCUUUAAUUCAGUUGUGGUGUGAUAGAUUAAGUUAUCAUGGUUCUGAAGUUACAUGUUCGCAGCUAAAAAAUUGGCUGAACAACAGAAAAGCUAGGCUUGCUCGGACGGGCAAGGAUGUUCGUGCAUCAUCAGAGGUUGAUAAUUCUUUCCCAGAGAAGCAAGGUGGCCCGGGACCAAGGUCUAGUGCCUCACCUGGAACUCCUGCCGAAGAUGCUUCUGCCCAACCCAAUGUGGCUAGAGAUCAACAGGUAGUGACAUGGAGUAGCAAUACAGGUGAGAUAUCCGAGGCUUCCCCAAUGUUAGCUGUUGCCGGUCAUACAGAAUCCAUUCAGAUCGAACAAGGUCAACAUGUUGUUCUCGUGGGCACAGCUGGAGAGGAGAUAGCCAAAGGAAAGGUAUUCCAGGUUCAUGGAAAAUGGUAUGGAAAGAACUUAGAUGAACUAAGGACAUGUGUUGUAGACAUAUUGGAACUUAAAGUUAAGAGAGGGACGAGGCUUCCACACCCGUCUGUAUCAACCGGUGUAUCGUUUGAGGAGGCUGAAACAAGAAUUGGUGUAAUGAGAGUGAUGUGGGAUUCAUCAAGAAUAUUUGGGUCGGGUUCGUUAAGUAAAUGACGGGGAUGUUAAAGUGGCUGCAUUUAGGUUUUUUUUUUCUCUUUUCCUUUUGCUGUUACUUGUAGCAAAGCAAUUGUAGUUAGACUGUCAUUUUUAUAGAAUGAAUUUAUCAGAUAGUUUAGAGCACAUCCCUCAAAUAAAACUGUUCAAUCCUCAAAAACCCUAGAAUCUGCCCCAAUCUCUAACAUCUCUUAUUCUUUCUCUUUCUCUCAAUUCAAUCCUCACAUCUCAGAAAGAGUUAUUAUUUUUCAUCUCCAUAAUCCUUCAUUAUUUUAUUUUUUUAUUUGUGAAGGUUGUAGAUGUUUUACUUCACCCUGACAUGAUAAUAUACUGCGUGGACUUCAGUGAUUAUUAGUCGGAAAGUGUUAAUCUAAUUAUGAAGCUUUUUCUUCAUUAAACGUA